CUUACAACAGCCACCUUACAAUACGAGGUGUCGUUCGCUUCAAGCCCAUUAUUGAGCUUGCGGAGGUCGAUCGCCUCUUCAACAGCCGGCUCGUUCAGCCUUAUAAAACGUUGAGUUGUGCCACAUGAGCGAUGCUUGCCGACUCUUUGUUCUCCUCCUGGCCACCAGGAGCCCUUGAAGAGCCGCAGUAGCAGCUUCGCAGCAGGAGACAAUGCGUCAAUUCCAUUCAUGGCCAGCCUUGCCAGCCUUUGUUGUGCUCCUUCUACAGAUUUGUACUCUGUCCUGCGCUCAAGUCAAUAAUGAAGAUUUGUCCGCUCUUCCUGAGUGUGGACAAACCUGUGUCCAAACGGCCUUGGACUCAGCCUCGAAACUUGGAUGCCAACCAACUGAGGAGGGUGCGGUCAAGGCUUGCUUGUGUGGAAAGGCAGACUUUCACACAUCAAUCUGGGAUUGCUCUUCGAAGUUUUGUUCCAACACCAACGAAACUGAGACUGUUGAUGCCUGGCUAGCAGACUAUUGCUUGCUCUCUGCUGGCUUUUACACCGCGAACUAUACGGACAGUGCAGGAGCAACAAUCUACUACUCAACCUUUGAAACAACCUACGGAUACACUGCAACGAAUGGCGCGGGCGGUAUCACAACCGAAACGACUACAGGUCUUGCCACCACCACCUCAAGAAGCGACUCAGCUUCAAGCACAGAUAUUGGAGGAGCAGAAGAGGAAUCAUCGAGUGGCGGUCUCUCCACCGGAGCUAUCGCUGGCAUCGCGGUGGGUGUAAGUCUUGGAGUAAUAGCAGCUAUUGCGGCUCUGGUCUUCUUCAUCUGGCGCAAGCGACGCGCCAACAAACAACAAGUUGCUGCAGACCAAGCACCUGGCGGUCCAGCAGAAAUGGCUGCCACCAACGUCGCCGGUCAGCAAAAGAGCGAGUUGGGUGGUUCGCAGGUUGGAGAAUUGAGCGGUUCUCAGAGUCAGGCUGGUACCUUUAGCACCUCCCAAACAGGAGAACUCAGUGGAACGACUGCCAGGCAUGAGAUGGAAAGCCGCCCCAGCGAGUUUGGCUAUUGGCAACAGCCGACGAGGUCAGAGCUGCCUUAG